GGUGCAAACGGGCAUCAUUUAGGAAAAAAACAACCCAAAUUGCUAGCAAUCGCACGGAGAAUGAGCAAGUGAACUGGAAGGAAGGAAGGAGGGAGGGAGAUGGCGGCGUCGUUUAGGUGGUUACUCCAACUCCACAAAGACGUUCCCAAGGCGGCAAAGUUCUACUCACAAGGGCUUGACUUCUCCGUCAACGUCUGCACGCUUCGGUGGGCCGAGCUCCAGUCUGGUCCUCUCAAACUUGCUCUCAUGCAAUCCCCUUGUGAUAAUGCGAUGCAGAACGGUUGCUCUUCAGUUCUAUCAUUCACAGUGAAUGACAUUAAUAGUACAGUAACAAAAUUAAUGGCAUUAGGAGCUGAACUAGAUGGUCCCAUCAAAUAUGAAAUCCAUGGCAAGGUUGCUGCCUUGCGUUGCAUUGACGGUCACAUGGUUGGCCUCUAUGAACCAGCAUAACAUGUUCUAGAGAUGAGUCCCUUCAGCAUGGUUGACCAAUUUGAGGUUUAACUCGUUUGAAGACAUUGAGAAGACAUGCGAAACUUUUCCAUACUUUGGGUUUCCUUCAAUUAUUGUAAGUGUUCUUUCAUCCAAAUCAAUGACAGUCGUGCAGAGUGUGUAAAGAGUUGGACCUGAAAGUAAUACCAAUAAAGGUAAGUUAAUUACAAUUGAACAGAAGCUGCUCUUCAUUUCCAUCCUUCAAUUUUUACCUGUCAUGUAGAUGGGGUAUUUUGUAUCUUCUGUAUCUCCUAGAAGAGACAAGAAAUCGGUUUUUGAUCCUUGUGGUAGAACAGCUGCUCUUUUUUGCCUGCUUAUUGAGUUUUCAUCAUGUACCUUUAUUGCAAAACAUUGGUUUCAGCUUCAAUGUAAUGGAAUUAAGCUAUAUAAUUGGUUGGGACUGUGCUAAAUAACAAGAAUAUAUGUGAUAAUAAAUUUUGAGAUUCAGCUCAGUAGCCACUUAUGAAUCUAGCCGUAAGAGAGUAUCAGCUCUAUCAUGCUGAAUGUCACACUCGGCUUACAAUUACAGUGGUGGCCAGGUACCUUUAUUCCUUCUGUUACGUGUUCUAUUGUUUACCUGUUGAACCUGAAGAUGGAGAUACAUGUUUGCGUGGAAAAAUGGUGUCGUUCCAACCUCAUGAACUGAAACUCGUGAUUUUGAUGCAGUUUCUACAUUCAAGAUCAUACGCUUCUGUAUAUCGAUUAAAUUGUAACUGUGUCCCACAGAGACUUCUGAUGAACGUAUUCUCUGAGGUUAAUCCGUCUAUCAGUACCUUAAAUGAUCAGGCUGAUCUUAAAUUUCAUCAGAUACAGUAAACAAACGUUAGAGGGUCUUACAGCUAAUGCGUCUGCAGUACUAGUUGCUUCCAGAAGGUCUCUAGAGACAAAGUUCCUUCCAAUGCCAGCUGGUGCAAUCUCAUCUUCAACUGGAGGUACUGAAUUCAGUGUGAAUGCCUAAGGUAUGUAUGAAGGGAAUAUUAGAUUUCUUUUGAUAUAAUACUCCUUUUGAAGGCAUCUACAUAUGGUGAGGUUCAUAUUUUGGCCUUCUGUUUUAGCACUCUUUUUAGUAUAAGAUGGUCCUGUACAGAUUUCAGAUGUAUGAAAGAAAUUUUACCAGUCCUUGACUGUUAAGUCCAAAAGCACAACUUGGAAGCUCUCCUGCAUAUGUGUAAGCUAUGAAGGAUAAUCCAUUUGAUAGUUUUCCCUUGAUCAAAUAGCUGCAAACCCGUCAUAGACAUGUAUGCAUGUUACGGGAUAUUGAUUUAUCGUACAUAUUGCACUCUUUCCUAGAAUCUGAACAGUAUUCAUGAAAAAAAAGCAUACGUGUGGCCUACUAGAGCAACGUUUGCAUCCUCGUUAUGAGCUGCUACUGCCAUUGAAUCACCAACAAUGAGAACAUCAGAACAGUCAUCUGUUGUAUCAGCAUUUGAAUUCAUUGUUGUUUUUGAAAUGAAUGGGAGUAUCUCCUUUCUGAAGUUGACAAGUAUUAUCUGCAGAUGAAGGGAGUAGAAUGUGAUUUUAUUCAAUAGAACAGUAUAUUGAUGAAAUUAACAGUUUGUGAUAACUACAUCAAGAACCGGCACACCGCUUCCGUCUGCGGUCCCUAAAAGCUCUGCCCAAUAUCUGGGGAACUUCUUCUGGUUUGUUUCUGAGAGUGCUUUGAGUAGCGGUUGAGCAUGCGGUGUUCGAGCAAAAGGAAGGAGCUGGUUUUGAAGAAUGAGGUCCCCAGCCAACCUGCUUCUUAUUUGAUUACAAAACCUUUGACCUAUGAGAAAACCCAGCUGGUAGUCAUCUUCACAGGGCCCAACUUCAAACAUCUCCAGCAGUUUACCUUCCAUGCUUGAGUUCCCAAACCUUGUGUGGCUCAAGUCUUUCACAAUAAAGGUGCUAGUUGGAUUUGAAUGAUAUCCAGUGCGUAAUCAGGUUAUUUUAUGGUUUUUGAUUGAAUGGAACUUAGAAUGAGUGAAUAAACAAAAGAGGAGACUGGCAUGGCAUGCUGUGAAUUGACAAAUGAGGUGGUGUGGGCCUUAGGGGGCUGGUUCUGCAUUCCCCAUGGAAAUUGUAAUUUGAAAAUAUCAAGUUUAUGGGCCAUUGCACCAGUUAUAAUGUACACCUAGUACAUGAAAUUAAAGGGUUCAAAAUGUAUUUCAGUCCUCUUUUGAAUUCUUUUCUCCAUCAUUUCUUGUUUGAAGGUCUCAUUAUGUGCACCGAGGUUCCUUUUCCUUGUUUGAAUGUUGUCAUGUCUUAACUCCCAUAUUCAAUAUAUCAAUCAUUUUGUUAUACA